CUCAACGGUUCCCCCUUCUCUCUCAUAUCCAUUUAUCUCUCUCUGUUUCCCUUUGUUUUUCUGCUCUCAAUCUAAUGCUGCAUAGCUCCCAGCUUGGCACCACCAUGUGUUUGCUUUUGUCGACGGUACAACCCAACACACACUACCCUUUUCUCGUUGGUUGCAAAAUAACCUCGUUUUCUGAUCUGUGUUGUGUUUCUCACGUUCAUGGGUUGGCAUGAGCUUUGAGUAGUGUUGCCUCUUUUUUUUUUAUUGGAUCAUGUGCAAACCACGUUUGGAAUAGCUGCUUCUCGCUGUGUCAUCUUCUGGGGUUGUUUAAAAAUGGCUUCUUUGUCGGUUAUGAAGAUUGUUUGAACAAUUUUUAGAAGGUUUUGGUGUAAGAGAGAGAUAAAGUUUGAAGCUUUGGUUUUGUUGGGGUCUUGGCUUAUUGGUAGAUUUGUGUUAUGGGUCAAGGAUGGCAGCAGGAACUGGUUACAUGUCUGAAACAGCUAUAAUGGGUGGUGGGUGUCCCUGCCCCAAGGGUAAUAGUGACCGUUCCAUGGAGGAUCAGAAUGGUGAUACUCUGGGUAAUUUGAAUCCUAAUGCUGGCAAACCUCCAAGGGACCUUUCGGUUAUGCGCCAUUCCAGUAGUUCUUCAUGGUUGGCUGAACCGGACUCAAAUGUUAAUCUUAUUGGCCUUAAAUCAAGCACAGAAGAAAAAUCAGAGUUUUCACCUGUAUUGCGAUCUGGAAGCUGUUCUGAUAAAGGUCCAAAGCAGUAUAUGGAGGAUGAGUUCAUAUGUGUUGAUGUUCUUGGUCAAUGUGUUGGUCCAGAAGCAGACGUUCAUUCUCCUGCAGCAUUUUAUGGGGUAUUUGAUGGACAUGGUGGUAUUGAUGCGGCAUCAUUUACCAGAAUGAACAUCCUCAAGUUCAUAGUGGAGGAUCCCCAUUUCUCAUCUGGCACUAAAAAAGCAGUUAAGAGUGCAUUUGUGAAGGCUGAUCUUGCAUUUAGAGAUGCUAGUGCUCUUGAUAGUUCUUCAGGCACCACUGCUUUGGUAGCCCUUGUGUUGGGAAGGGCCAUGCUAAUUGCCAAUGCAGGAGAUUCUCGUGCUGUAUUGGGCAAACGGGGCAGAGCGAUUGAACUUUCUAAAGACCAUAAACCAAACUGCACUUCUGAAAGAUUAAGAAUUGAGAAACUGGGUGGUGUCAUCUAUGAUGGAUACCUCAAUGGCCAACUAUCAGUGGCUCGUGCUCUUGGAGAUUGGCACAUCAAAGGUUCUAAAGGUUCUAAGAGCCCCUUAAGCUCUGAGCCCGAACUAGAGGAGAUUGUCCUAACAGAAGAAGAUGAGUUUUUGAUAAUGGGUUGUGAUGGAUUAUGGGAUGUGAUGAGUAGCCAGUGUGCUGUCACAAUGGUGAGGAAGGAACUCAUGCAGCAUAACGAUCCCACCAAAUGUGCUAAGGUACUUGUAACCGAGGCCCUCCAACGCAACACGUGUGACAAUCUCACAGUGGUUGUGGUGUGUUUCUCCAAUGAUCCACCUCCUAAAAUUGAAAUUCCUAGAUCACAUAGAAGGAGGAGUAUUUCUGCUGAAGGCCUUGACCUUCUCAAGGGUGUCUUGAGUAAUAGAUGAACGAAACAUGUUAGUAAUUUGUACAUAUUGAGUUGGGUGUUCAAUGGGGAUUUUUCUGAUUAACUGCUACGCCUGCUGCCUUUGAAGAUUAAUGUUUCCUCAAAUGUCAAAACCAUAAUGUUGUUACACAUAUUGUAACAGCUCCAAUUUGGAAGUUCCAAUCAAAUUCCAAGGCUUCUUCACUUGUACUAUAUGAUUAUUACAAGAACUAUCACCCAACCAGAUUUACACAUACUUUUGGUCUUGUAUACACAACAAGCUUCUCGAAGUCCAAUUUUUGAGAAUUGGUUCUCAAUAAGUCUCCUUCAGCCAGUCUUCCCAUUUUCUAUGGCGAGAAGUGAUACAACAAAUACACAACAACACAACGGCAAACUUUCUUUGUCCUUUGGAAAGAACUAUGAAGUAAAAAUGCUUUGUAUUUUUUUCCAUGUUAGUUUUAUCUUUUUCAACUUUUUCAAGUCAUUGUUGUAAAUUUGUUAGGAACAUUCUCUUUAUUUUCUAACUGUUGUCUUUGAC